AACAAAGCCAUACAUAAACGAGAGAGAGAGAGAGAGAGCUGCAACCCGACCAGACAGUACACAUCCUGCGGGCAAGCAAAUCAACCUUCAGCUCCUCUAAUGGCUGCUUCUUCGAACCCGAGAGGGAAUUACCAUGUCUUCCUGAGUUUCAGAGGAACGGACGUCCGGAACAGCUUCCUCGGCCAUCUCCACACGGCUCUUGACCGUAGAGGAAUCUAUGCCUACGUCGACAGCGAGGAGCUCCGGAAAGGAGAGCAGAUAUCGCCGGCUCUUACAAAGGCAAUCGAGGACUCGCGCAUCGCGAUCGUCGUUUUCUCCAAGGACUAUGCUUCCUCGCCGUGGUGCUUGGAAGAAGUGGCAAAGAUCAUGGAGUGCAAGGAGCGAAGAGACCUCGUGGUCUUUCCCGUAUUUUACAAAGUGGAAUCCCGGGAGGUGAGAACGCCGAGACAGAGCUACCGAGAAGCUAUGGUUAAGCACGAGAGCAAGCUCGGGAAAGAUUCGGAGAAAGUGAAGAGAUGGAAGAAGGCUCUCUUUGAUGCCGGUAGCUUGUCUGGGUGGGAAUUGAAGGACAAAGAUGAAGCAAAGCUUAUAAAGAAAAUCGUGAAAGAGAUCUCUAUGCAGCUAGGCCGAACACCCUUACAUGUUGCCAAGCAUCCAGUUGCAAUAUAUCCACGAGUUGUAGAGCUGGAAUCAAUGUUAAAUCUUGAGUCUGAGGAUGAUGUUCUCAUGAUAGGAUUAUGGGGACCAGGAGGCAUAGGAAAAACAACAUUAGCAAAAGCCCUUUAUAAUGAUAUCUUUAGAGGAUUUGAGGCUACAUGUUUUUUGGCAAACGUCCGGGAAACUUCAAAAGAUUCCAAGGAUUUAGUUCCUUUGCAAGAAAGAUUGUUGUCCGAGAUAUUACUGGGAAAAGGGCUAACAGUGUUUAGUGUUGAUGGAGGAAUUAAUUUGAUGCAAGAUAGACUUUGCCGCAAGAAAGUUCUCCUUGUUCUCGACGACGUCGAUGACGUGAAGCAGUUAAGUGCUUUAGCUGGAGAGCCUGAAUGGUUUGGUAAAGGAAGCAGAAUCAUCAUCACUACUAGAGAUAACCAUCUAUUAACUCUCCAUGGGAUAGAUAAAGAUCAUAUCUAUGAAGUUAAAACUCUAGAGUAUGACAAAGCUCUUGAUCUAUUCAAGAAACAUGCUUUUCUUAGAAAUAACGAAAUAGUGAUAAGGAGGGAUCUUGUCUACAGUGCUUUGCGUUAUGCUAAUGGACUUCCUUUAGCACUUGAGGUAUUGGGCUCUUUCCUACGUGGUAGAAGAGAACGAGAGUGGGAAAGUGCAAUGAAUAAACUUGCCAAAAGUCCUGACAAAACCAUCAAUGAUGUCCUCAAGUUAAGUUAUGAUGGACUAGAGGACUAUGCAAAGGAGAUAUUCCUUGACAUUGCAUGUUUCUUCAAGGGGCGAUCUACAGAGUACAUUAUGAAGGUCCUUAACAGUUGCAGCUUUGACGCAAUGAUUGGAGUACAAGUUCUUGUUGAGAAGUCCUUAAUAACUGUUAAAAAGCCCUCAACACAUAGAGAAACACAUAGAGAAACGGAGACACUACAGAUGCAUGACUUGAUUCAGUUGAUGGGAACGGAUAUUGUCAAACAAGAAUGCAGCGAUGAUCCUGGAAGACGCAGCAGGUUAUGGCUUUGUGAAGAUGUCCAUGAUGUUCUGUCAGGGGAUAUGGGAACAAAUGCAAUAAAAGCCAUAGUUUUGGAUUUACCCCAGACAGAAGCAAUAUACAUAGGUCCCAAUGCUUUCAGAAACAUGAGAAGAUUGAGGUUGCUCAUCAUGAUUAAUGUGCAUAACGCUUUCCAAGGUCCCAUCUGUCUUCCUAAUGAAUUGAGAUGGUUUGAAUGGCCUGAAUGUCCUCCUUGGGUUCCCGAAUUCUCUUCCGGUCCGAAGAAGUUGGUGGGACUUGAUCUGCGCAACAGCAACGUCCAAGUGGCAAGGGAGCAAUUUAAGGACUUUAAAAAUUUGAAGUUCCUUAACUUCAGUGAAUGUCCGUCGGUGGUUUGUAUGCCGGACCUCAAUUUGACUCCAAAUCUCGUGGAACUGGAUCUCCAUGGGUGCAAAAACUUGGAGCGUGCUCACGAAUCAGUUGCAUACCAUGCCAAGUUACAGAUGUUGAAUUUGAAAGGGUGCUCUAACCUUCAUCAUCUCUCUGAUGUGCUUCGGUCCAAGAAUCUUCAACUUCUCAAUCUUACUGGUUGCUCAAAGUUGGGAAGAUUCCCUGAUAUUCCGGAUAAAAUGGAAGGGUUGCAAGAACUUUAUUUAAAAGGGACUUCUAUCGAGGAACUUCCAGCAUCCAUAGAAAAUCUCAUCUCUUUGGAAAAUAUGAGUUUAGUUAAUUGCAAAAAACUGGCAGUCCUUCCGUCUAGCAUUUACAGGUUGCCAAGUCUUGAGAGCCUACGGCUUGAUGGCUGUUCAAAACUAAUCAAAUUCCCAAAGGAGGAGGAGGAUUCGAGUGAUCUCCAUAGCAAGACGGGUUUUCCUAAGUUACUGAUUUUAAGCCUUGACGGAUGCAAUCUAUUAGAAGUAGAGUUCCUAGAAAAUCAUUCCUGUUUUCCAUACUUAAGACAUUUGACUUUGUCGGGAAACAAUUUUACUCACCUUCCUACAUUCGGGCGACUACAUAAUUUGUCCUUGUUGGAUGUUUCGGAAUGCCGACAACUACAAGAGAUCCUUCAGAUUCCAGGGCAAUUGGUUGAUCUGUACGCAGAAAGUUGCGAAUCUCUUAUUAAAGUUCCCUCCGACAUAUGUGAGGUUGAGAAUAUUCACUUGACUUCAUGCCAUGAACUGGCCCGUAAUGGGCUCACCAUGAAUGAUUUGUUCAAGCCCGAGGUUAAUCCUGAGAAGCUUCGCAGCACAUUUUGGAGCGAUUUUAGUCUACCUGGAGGAGAGAUGCCACGGUGGUUGCUCCCUGAUAAAGAGGGUUAUAUAUCUUUCGUGGCUUCAAAGGACUUGUAUAAGAAAUUCCUAGGAUUAGCUUGCGGUGUUGUAUUCCGGGCAGAGCAAGGACAAGGAAGUGUCAAAUUGAGGCUAAUUCCAUACGUUAACGGCAAAUUCAAGAAUACAAUUGCAGUGACAACGACAGUCAGUCCAUUGCAUUCAGAUCAUGUGUGGCUUGACUUUUUCGAUGCAGAGGAGAUAUGGGAAAAGAUCGAUUUUGGUCCCAAUGACUCGAGUUCUUUCCAGUUUGGCGUAAGAGCAUCGGGUGGUGUAAUUGUGAAAAAGUGUGGAUUUCGACUAAUAUGCAAGCCACUAGAGGACGAUUUGGAGGUUCUGCUUCAAGACGACCAUUUGCUGGAUCCAACUCUGCUCUAUGAGAUUUGGCAUGAAGAUAGCGAAACAAGCAAAGAGGAAGAAAGUUCAAGUGAAACAGAAAAUUUGCUAGAUAGUAAAACUAGCACAGGGGCAAAUAGUUCGAGAAACUUCAUCUACAAAGAGUCGGACAUCGCUAGCCUCUCACUUGAGCGGUGGCUAAACCAUGAAGAUAAUAAUGAAACAAGCACCGAGGGAGACAGU